AUGUUGCCAGAAAAACAGUUCCAGUGCACCAUCUGCCAGCAGGUGCUCACCGACCCGGUCACCACUCCCUGCGGACACAACUUCUGCCAGGCCUGCCUCCAGAAUGUGUGGGACACCAGUGACGUCUGCCAGUGCCCCACCUGUAACAAAUCAUUCACCUCCCGGCCCGAAAUAAGCAUCAACACCGGCUUUAAGGAGCUGGCGGACACAUUUAGAAACAUUAUCGUCUGUUCGUCAGCUUCUCCGCUCUGCUCAGCCAAACCAGGUGAGGUGGCGUGUGAUGUCUGCGCUGCAACCUCCCUGCAGGUUAAGGCCCUCAAGUCCUGCCUGGUGUGUCUGACCUCGUACUGCCAGGCCCACCUGGAGCCUCACCAGAGAGUCGCCACCUUGAAGAUCCACAAGCUGAUCGAGCCGGUGAAGAACCUGCAGGACAGGAUGUGCAAGAAGCACGAGAGGCUGCUGGAGAUGUACUGCAGGGACGAACAGAAGUGUGUGUGCCAGUUCUGCACCGAGACCGAGCACAAAGACCACCAUGCUGUCACGAUAGAGGACGAGAGUGGAGAGAGGAAGGUCCAAAUGAAACAAACUGAGGCGGGUUUUCAGCAGAUGAUCCAGGAUCGACUGAAGAAAGUGGAGGAGAUCAAAAGCUGUCUGAAGCUCAGCAACACGAGUGCAGAGAAGGAGAUAAAGGAGAGUGACCGUCUCUUUACGUCUCUGAUUCGCUCCAUCGAGGAGAGAAAAAGUGAAGUGAACGCGGAGAUCAAGGAGAAGCAGAAAGCAGCAGAGAGGAGAGCAGAGGAGCUCAUCGAGGAGCUGCAGCAGGAAAUCAAUGAGCUGCAGAGGAGAAACACUGAGAUGGAGGAGCUGAGGGACACGGAGGACCACCUGCACGUCCUACAGAGGUCUCCCUCUCUAAUGUGGCCUCCACUCACCAGAGAGUGGAUGGAGAUCAGCGUCCACCCUGAAGUCUGCAUGGGGACAUCAAGGAGAGCGAUGUCUAAACUGGACCACACCCUGAAGAACGAACUGGACGCUCUGAAGACAGAAGAGAUGAAGAAGAUGCAAAAAUAUGCAGUUGAUGUUGUUUUAGACCCGGACACGGCCCAUCCAAACAUCGUCCUGUCAGCUGACGGCAAGCAGGCGGGUCGUGCCGAACUCCUGCACAUCGUGCCGGACAACCCCCAACGAUUCGACCCCGUCAUCUGUGUAGUGGGCAAGAGAGGCUUCCUGUCCGGGAGGUUCUACUUCCAGGUUGCAGUGGGGACAAAGACGUUCUGGGACCUGGGUGUGGUCAAAGAGUCCGUCAACAGGAAGGGGAUGAUCACCUCCAAGCCGGAGAACGGCUUCUGGACGGUGCGUCUGAGGAACGGGGAAGAGUACCGCGCCUUGGACUCCCCCUCUGUUCUUCUUCCUCUCAAGAAGAAGCCGCAGACUGUCGGAGUGUUCACGGACUACGAGGAGGGGACCGUGUCCUUCUUUGACGUGGAGGCCAGGUCUCACAUCUACACCUUCACUGGGUGUUUGUUCUCAGAGAGGGUCUUCCCCUUCUUCAGCCCGGGGAUAUUUGAUGACGGGAAGAAUACAGCAGCGUUGGUUAUCACAGCUGUUAAUCAGGAGACUUGA